AUGAUCACCCACUCCGAAGAUAGCGAGGACGAGCUCGCUCAGACUGGGAACCAUGCGAGCGAGGAAGAUAUCCGCAAGGCCUGUACGCUCGAGAUACGUAUCUACACUGCGAAGCGAAAUGGAUAUACCUACAAGCCUCGCAGUGGUACGAGUCUGAUAGAGAAAGAGGAUAAGCCGUUGGACGUGGCCAACGAGCAGAAUGUCAAAGGAGGACUCCAUUCCGCCGGGCUUAGCCCUUCGCAAGAGCAUCACUUUGAAGGAACACGUUGGGAGGAUUGGGAUCACGUCGAACCUCUCGAUAGGCCUCUCGCGUGCUUUCAGUUCAUACAACGCCCCGAAGCGUAUAUCAAAAAUGUCCUCAGGUAUGGCAGAGCUCAGAUCCAGAAGCGUUCGCGCGAGCCCAGCUGCGUUGGCUUUACGGAGGUCAAACGUCAAAAGCGCACCGAUGUUGCCGAGCCUACACAGGAGCGGACACGUGCAAAGGGCAAAGGUAAAGCGGCAGCCCCAGCGUCUGCCUCGUCGGGGACUUUGAGCUCGGUGGCAAGUCCAGCAUCGACCUCUUGCAUCGAUGUUGACGCGCCGGUGGCGGGAUCAAGUCGACCUGUCCUUGAUACGGCCGCGCGCAACGAUAUGAUACGCGAGAACAAGGCGUUGCAUCAGGACCAUGAAGACGCCGUCGCCGAGUUGCAGCUGAAGUUAGAGAUGAGGCAGCGACAGGCAGCUAUGCGUCGCCUUCAGAAGGAAAUCGAGGAUCUGGAGCGUCAAAGCAGGGAGGAUAGGUCUGCUUAA